GUGUAAAGGACUCCUGCAAAACGCAUCGAAGAAAGUGAGACGAAGUCACUCUUCUCUCUCUCCUUUAUCUUUUCUUCUCCUCAGCUUUUGUUUUCUUUUCGCUCCAGCUGAAUAUGGGAGCUGAAACCCUAGACGAUUCUCGGAAUACGAGCAACUUUCCUCCUUAAAACUACCAAAUUUCGGUUUUAGCUCCUUUUUCCGCGGUCUUCUGUGAAUUUUAUUUUGCAUUUCCGCUUCAUUUCCAAUGUAGAAUUUCAUCUCUUCCGCCUGCCUUCUGGAUCAAAGCCCUACCUUAUAAUUGAGGUUUUCAUGAUAUUUAUAAUCUGAGCAUCUCUAAGGAUUGUGUUCCCUCUUUUCCUCUUCAAAUUGAGCUCCGUUUGUAAGAAAAAAACAAGAAAAAAAUGUCGUCUUUAAGCAGAGAGUUGGUAUUUCUUAUACUGCAAUUUCUCGAAGAGGAGAAAUUUAAAGACUCUGUACACAAGCUCGAGCAAGAGUCGGGGUUUUUCUUCAACAUGAAAUACUUCGAGGAGAAAGCCCAGGCUGGCGAAUGGGACGAAGUUGAGAAGUACCUUUCUGGAUUUACGAAAGUUGACGACAACAGAUACUCCAUGAAGAUAUUCUUCGAGAUCAGGAAGCAGAAGUAUCUUGAAGCGCUAGAUAGACAUGACAGAGCAAAGGCGGUCGAAAUAUUAGUGAAGGAUUUGAAAGUAUUUUGCACAUUCAACGAGGAAUUGUAUAAAGAAAUCACUCAGCUCUUAACGCUUGAUAAUUUCAGGGAAAAUGAACAAUUGUCCAAGUAUGGUGAUACUAAAUCAGCUCGAAACAUAAUGCUGAUAGAGCUUAAGAAACUAAUAGAAGCAAAUCCUCUGUUCCGCGAUAAGUUGGUUUUUCCCACUCUUAAGACGUCUAGAUUGCGUACUUUAAUAAACCAAAGUUUGAACUGGCAGCACCAACUCUGUAAGAAUCCUAGGCCAAACCCAGAUAUUAAGACCUUAUUCACUGACCAUACAUGUACACCUCCAAAUGGGGCUCGUGCUCCUACGCCAGUCACUCUUCCAGUUGCAUCAGUUCCAAAGCCUGUCACAUAUGCACCCCUUGGGGGACAUGGGCCCUUUCCACCCACUGCAGCAGCUCCCAAUGCUAAUGCUUUGGUAGGCUGGAUGGCGAAUGCUACUGCUUCAUCAUCUGUUCAGUCUGCUGUUGUUGCUGCAUCAUCAAUAUCUGUACCACCUAACCAAGUUUCAAUCUUGAAGCGUCCAAGAACACCUCCUAAUGCUUUAGGAAUGGUUGAUUGUCAAAAUACCGAUCAUGAACAACUAAUGAAACGUCUGCGGGCACAACCCAUUGAUGAGGUUACAUAUUCAGCUCCUCUUCAACAAACUUCAUGGUCACUGGAUGAUCUGCCACGGACAGUAGCUUGCACCAUUCAUCAAGGAUCAAAUGUCACAAGCAUCGAUUUCCAUCCUUCUCAUCAGACAUUACUUCUUGUUGGUUCUGGCAAUGGUGAAAUUACACUAUGGGAACUUGGUCUGCGUGAGAGGUUGAUCUCGAAGCCGUUCAAGAUAUGGGAGAUGACAAGUUGUUCGUUGCCAUUUCAGGCUGACAUUAUGAAAGAUUCAUCAAUAUCUAUCAGUCGUGUGACAUGGAGCCAUGAUGGAACCUUGAUGGGGGUUGCUUUUACCAAACAUCUGAUUCACCUGUAUGCUUAUCAUGGGCCUAAUGACUUGCGCCAACAUUUAGAGAUUGAUGCUCAUGUUGGUGGUGUAAAUGACUUGGCAUUUUCUCAUCCAAAUCCAAACAAACAACUAUGUAUAGUAACUUGUGGAGAUGAUAAACUAAUAAAGGUAUGGGAUUUGAAUGGGCGAAAGCUUUAUAAUUUUGAAGGACAUGAAGCACCUGUUCAUUCUAUAUGCCCUCACCAUAAGGAGAACAUUCAGUUCACUUUCUCAACUGCUAUUGAUGGGAAAAUUAAGGCCUGGUUGUAUGACAAUGUGGGCUCUAGAGUUGACUAUGAUGCUCCUGGACAUUCUUGCACUACAAUGCUUUACAGUGCUGAUGGAAAUAGAUUAUUCUCUUGUGGGACAAGUAAGGAUGGGGACUCUUUUCUGGUUGAAUGGAAUGAAAGUGAGGGAGCAAUAAAAAGGACAUAUUCUGGGUUUAGAAAGAAGUCAGCUGGGGUUGUUCAGUUUGACACUACACGGAAUCACUUCUUGGCAGCUGGUGAAGAUAGCCAGAUAAAAUUUUGGCAUAUGGACAAUGUGAACAUUCUCACAACCACAGAUGCUGAGGGUGGACUCCCAAAUCUUCCUCGCCUGAAAUUCAACAAGGACGGAAAUCUUCUUGCUGUUACCACUGUGGAUAAUGGUUUCAAGAUCCUUGCAAAUUCUGAUGGUCUCAGAUCACUAAGAGCAAUUGAAAGCCGAUCCUUUGAAGCAUUAAAAGCACCCAUUGAACCUACUGCAAUUAAGGCUACUACUGCUGCUACAGCUGCAAACAUCAGUCCAAGCAUUAGCAAAGUAGAACGCUUGGAGACAAGCUCUCCGAAAAGACCUUCUGCAGUUCUUAAUGGAGUCGAUUCUAUGGCUAGAAGCAUUGAAAAGAGACCUUUGGAAGAUUUAUCUGACAAAACCAAACCAUGGGAACUAACCGAGAUCUUGGAACCUGCUCAGUGUCGAGCAGUAAGCCUGGGUGACAGUGCAGAUCCUUCCAGCAAGGUUGUUCGUCUUCUUUACACAAACUCUGGUGUUGGCAUUUUGGCUCUUGGGUCAAAUGGGAUCCAAAGGCUGUGGAAAUGGAGCCGCAAUGAACAAAAUCCCAGUGGCAAGGCCACUGCCAGUGUUGCUCCACAGCAUUGGCAACCAAACAGUGGUCUUCUCAUGACUAAUGAUGUCUCAGAUGUGACUCUUGAAGAAGCGGUACCAUGCAUCGCACUUUCAAAGAAUGAUUCAUAUGUAAUGUCUGCCUGUGGUGGAAAGGUUUCACUAUUCAACAUGAUGACCUUUAAGGUAAUGACAACAUUCAUGCCACCUCCACCUGCUUCAACCUUCCUAGCCUUUCAUCCACAAGACAAUAACAUAAUAGCAAUUGGAAUGGAGGAUUCAUCCAUCCACAUUUACAAUGUUAGGGUGGAUGAGGUGAAAACAAAAUUGAAGGGUCAUCAGAAACGCAUAACUGGUUUAGCCUUUUCCACCUACCUUAACAUUCUAGUUUCUUCUGGGUCUGAUGCUCAGAUUUGCUUAUGGAACACUGAUACAUGGGAGAAGCGAAAAUCAGUUGCUAUCCAACUGCCUGCUGGGAAGGGACCUGGUGGUGACACAAGAGUACAGUUUCAUUCUGAUCAAAUACGGUUGUUGGUAUUCCAUGAAACACAGCUAGCAACAUAUGAUGCCUCAAAGAUGGACCACGUACGGCAGUGGGUGCCUCAAGGUGCAUUGUCUGCAUCUAUAUCCUGUGCAGCAUAUUCCUGCAAUAGCCAACUGGUUUAUGCUUCUUUUUCUGAUGGUAAUAUUGGUGUGUUUGAUGCCGAUAACCUCAGACUUAGAUGCCAGAUAGCUCCAUCAGCAUAUCUGCCCCAGGCAGUGUCAAAUAGCAAUCAUGCUGUGUAUCCACUUGUUGUUGCGGCACACCCACAGGAGCCAAAUCAAUUGGCCAUUGGGUUGACAGAUGGUUCUGUUAAGGUGAUAGAACCCUCAGAGUCUGAGGGGAAGUGGGGAGUGGCAGCACCUGUUGAUGAUGGGAUACCCAAUGGCAGGACAGCAGCAGGAUCAACCACCAGCAAUCAGGCACCUUAGCAGCUCCAAAGAUUAAUGCUCAUGUAUGUUACCCAAAUUCCUUUUUAGGCAUUGUACAGUAGUUUCUCCCUGUACUUAAAUAUGUACCUCAAAGAUAAUCAUAGAAAUCAUUAAAGCAAGAUAAAUCCUCCAUAUUAUAUCUAUUUUUUUCCUUGCAUACUGUAUGUUUUUUCUGCUCUAUCAAACAUCUUUUCAAAACAACUUUUAUUUAAUCAUCAAGUUUUGUUAUCACUUAUGAUUUCAUAUGUAAAUAUGUUUGGUCUUGAUAAUCAGUGGAAAAGGGUGAAGCUACUAUAUGUACCCCAAAAAUCUUGAAUCUGGAAACUAUGUAAAACAGCAGAAAAUAAUGAAUCAAAAUCUUCUUCUGGUUGGGUUAA